GGUGCUCUUUCUACAGGCGGCGAGCGCAGCUCCUCCAGCGGAGCGUCCGUCGAGGAGGAUCCUGGAGAGGUGUCCGUCGACGAGGGCCCCGAGCUGGACGAGCUCAAACAAGAGGCUGAUCAGCUGGGGCUGGUGGUGUCGGCGUGCUUCUCGCUGCAGGACGAGCAGUGCCCCGCGGAGGACGCGGCGAGGAGCGGCCCUGGGGAUGACGAGGUGCAGCCCGAGCAGCGCGACGAAGAUAAAGAAGUGGCGGGUGGUGCGGCCGUUCUUCGUGCCGUCCGGGAUGGAACCCGCGUCACUCAGCCGGUGCAGAACAAACAGCAGGACGACCAGAAGGCCUCGCGGGUGCUGCGGGAGAAGCAGCUCGGCCGGAAGAACACCGGCAGCGGAAGUAAAAGCAGUACCAGUGGCGCUCUGCAGGCGAACUCGCGCAGGCGCACCGGAGGGGCCUUUAAAUGCGAAGUUUGCGAAAAGAGUUUUGCAUGGGCGAGUUCACUAAAGACGCACAAAAUGUUCCACACUGGUGAAAAACCAUUUGGCUGUGACCUCUGCCCAAUGCGUUUCACUCUGAAAGGCAAUCUUGCCGCUCACGUGAGAAAACACACCGGUGAAAAGCCUUUCAAUUGUGACGUAUGUAAAAUGCGUUUUACCCAGAAAGGCAAUCUUGUCGAUCACAUGAGGACACACACUGGUGAAAAGCCUUUUAAGUGUGACGUAUGUAAAAUGCGUUUUACUUUGAAAGGCAGUCUUGUCAAGCACGUGAGGACACACACUGGUGACAAGCCAUUCACGUGUGAUGUGUGUAGCAAGGCUUUUAGUGUAUUAUCAAAUCUCAAGAGACACAAAACGAUUUGUAUCUCAAUUUAAAUUGAUUUAUUUUUCAUGCUCUAAAUUUUGCAAAACCAUAUGAGGUAGUUUUUCAGCAAUGUUUGUGAAUAAUACAUUUUUGUUUCUUCAUUGUAUUACGAAUAAAUAGGACUGCUGGCAGAUUUCAUGUA